AUGCAAAAGGCUACGGCACUUUUUUCGAUCGCGGGACAGGCACUGUGCACUUGGACCCUUUCUGGCUUCCUUGGAGCCGAGUCAUCCACCAGCAUCGCAGUCGCCCGGCAGGCAGCCAUCCCUGAUGUGGACAUUCCGCAGUCGGUUGAACGCAUUUGGGACAGUCUCACAGGAAACAACAACUGCCUGGGAUGUCAAGGAAUCCUUCUCAUCUUGAAGACGCUUGCAAACUUUGGUGACGAUACUUUCGUCGGCGCCCUGCAGAAGCUCUGCAAUGCCGCGUCUUCCGAAGAUGAAGACGUCUGCAACGGCACUCUAGCUCUGGAAGGCCCCGUCAUUGCUGCCAGUCUCCGCGACCUCACCCUGGGAAGCAAGACAGCUCAGGUCUUCUGCACAACCCUCCUCGGCCUCUGCGACUACCCUGAGGUUGAGCCGUACACCGUCCCCAUGCCCCCCAAGACUAUCACCUCUCCUCUCCCGGCAAACGUCUCCUCAAACGGAACAAAACCCGCCCCUUUCAAGAUCGCUCACUUCUCAGACAUCCACAUCGACCCUCUCUACGUCACCGGCUCCAACGCCAACUGCUCCAAGCCGAUGUGCUGCAGACCGUACACCCCCGCCGACGAGCCCGGCAACAACGACUUCCCCGCCGGCCCCUUCGGCGACCACAACUGCGGCGCCCCCUUGAGCCUCGAACAGAGCAUGUACGCCGCCAUCAACGCCCUCUCCCCCGACUUCGCCCUCUUCACCGGCGACAUCGUCGACCACGCCAUCUGGAACACCACCGUCGCCCAGAACUCCGCCGAGAUCAGCAUGGCGUACCAGCACAUGUCCGACGCGGGGCUGCAGAUCUACGGCACCGUCGGCAACCACGAGAUGUCCCCCGCCAACGCCAUCCCGCCGACGCACCUCGGCGCCGGCGCGCAGUGGCUGUACGAUGUCGUCUCCGAGGCGUGGGGCAGGUGGAUCGGGGCGCCGGCGGAGGCGAAGUCGGUUGGCGCGUACUCGGUCAAGACGCCCAGGGAGGGGUUGAGGGAUGUGCAGAGGGAUCCGAGUGACCACCUCAAGUGGCUCGUCGGGGAGCUGGAUGCAGCGGAGAAGGCUGGCGAGCGCGUGUUUCUGGUUGGGCACAUGCCCAUGGGCACGUCAGAUGCGCUUCACGAUGGUUCGAAUUACUUUGAUCAGAUUGUCAACCGAUACAAGUCAACCAUCGCCGGUCUCUUCUUCGGACACACCCAUCUCGACCACUUCCAAAUCAGCUACUCCAACUACACCCACCGCACCGCCUCCAACGCCGUCGCAACAUCCUACAUCGCCCCCUCCAUGACCCCCCUCUCCGGCAUGCCCGCCUUCCGCAUCUACACCAUCGACCCCACCACCUUCGGCAUCCUCGACAUCGAGACCUACGUCGCCGACAUGACCGACCCGACCUUCCAAACCACCGGACCCGUGUGGAAACUCUCUUACGCCGCCAAGGAGACCUUCGGCACCAUCCUCGACACCCCCGUUCCCGCGGACGCGGAGCUGACUCCGGCGUUCUGGCACAACGUUACCGUCGCGCUGGAGAACGACCCAGCUGCGUUUGAGGCGUACUGGGCGCGCAGGACGCGCGGGUGGAACGUGCCGGAGUGCGACGACGCGUGCCGCAAGAGUGAGAUUUGCCAGCUGCGUGCGGCGAGGAGCCAGGAUAACUGCUUUGUGCCGACGCCCGGUAUGUCUUUUGGCAUCAGAUCGGAGGAUGGGAUGAGGAAGCCGGCGGAGUGUGAUCGCUCGGUGGCUAGGGAGACGAUUGGGUCGCUUGCUGUUCGCAAGAGCCAGGUUGAACUUCUCGAGGCGUUGCUGGAGGAGCACCAGGCUCGAAAGUGA